CUUUCUCCAGGAUAUGACAUUUCAAGUUGGUGGUGGGAAGUCCAAACCGUCUGGAUUUCGGAUACGGACGGAGAAUUUGGACAGAGGCGUCUCCUCGGGGAAUCCCAAAUAUCUUUGGUCGGAGCUGCACUGGGGCGAGUGGUCGGAGGACGAUGCCGCUGCUCCGGACGCUCCUCUUGCUCUUUGUGCUGGCAUUCUUCGGUCGGGGACGCUUUUGCGGCUCUCCCUCGCACUCCCUGUGUUAUUCCUACCUGUAUCUGCCAGAGCCCAGCCAGGAUCUGCCCCAGUCCUUCAUCAGGAACUACUUGGAUGACCAGCCCAUUGCUUGCUUUGACAGCCUCACCAGGAAGAUGGAGCCUCUGGUGUCCUGGGUGGAGGAGGCAGAGAAGGAGGAGGAAACAUUUCAGGUCGUUGAGUGGGUGAUUGGAAUUGACCUGCAGCAGUUAUCAAAACUGGACCGCCAUGCUGGAGGGCUUCACACCUGGCAGGCGGUUGUGGGCUGUGAGCUGAAGGAAGAUGGGAGCAAAGGAGGGUUUUUGCAUUAUGGCUACAAUGGGAUGGACUUUAUCAGCUUCGAUAAGGAGACCCUCAGAUGGGUGACAGCUCAGCCCCAGGCCCAGAAGGUCAAGGAGAAGUGGGAGGAACUUCCAGGAAUGUCUCAGAGAAAAAAUAUAUACCUGGAGAAGACCUGCAUUGAAUGGCUGCAGAGAUACCAGUCAUACAAGAAGGAGGCUCCGCAGAGGAUCGAUCCUCCAGUGGGGAAGGUGACCCACAAGAUGGUGAAUGAGAGAUUGGAGGUCCUCAUCUGCCAGGCCUUUGGCUUCUACCCCAAGGAUAUCCGGGCCACCUGGACCAGGGAUGGAGAGGUCUGUGAAUAUGAAAUGCUCCCUAGGAAUGUGGCCCCCAACUCAGACGGGACCUAUUAUGUCUGGCUCAGUAUUGAGAUCGACCCCAAGGAGAGGGACCAUUUUCGCUGUUACUUGGAACAUGAGGGCUUGCAGGAACCCCUGAUCUUGGCUCUCAAGGACAAAAGAGCUACAACAUGGGCGAUUCCUCUGGGAAUUGUGGUCUUGGCACUUGGGAUUCUCUUCUCAUUAUGCUGGUGGUGGAGAUGCAGGGAAAAACCUCGAUCAAGAAUACUCCACUUCCUCUGUUCAUAUUUCUUCAGAAAUUCUACCACAAGUAUAGAAGAGAAGACUCAACAGGUGGCUGUUGUAGACCGAAGAACAGUUCAAGCAGCAAUCGCUCAAGAAUUGUCAAGCAGCAACCUGGAUAGCUCUCAGGGAUUUAGAAGAAGCCUCCCUCAAGGGGUUGUGUUAGUUUCCAUACAUGGAACCCCAACUGGAACCCCAUUUUGAUAUCUAAAAUCUGGAUAUCUGGAGAACAUUGAAACUGAAAAUGGCUGGUGGAUUCAUUUUGAUGGAUCCACCAUUAGUGUUAAAAUUGAGGCCGUUGCCUGGUGAGGUAUAACAAGUACACUUUUGGUCAGAUAAUAGCCCAGGACUGCUUUUUAAUCUUUUCAUGGCAAUCUGCUUUGCUCACAACCUGGGUGAGGAGCGAAAGGAGAUCUCUGUGUAUGUGGGACCUUAUCUUGUAUUCCUGGAUAGGCAGUCCAAUAGCCAGACAUUGCAAGAUUCUUUACAUCAAGGACCUGUAUACAGGUGAGAAAGAAGGCUGAGAAAAUAACUACCUACCCCUCACAUCCUAUGCGUGAACUGUUUCAACUCCUCCUCUCAGGAUGCUGCUAUAGGGCAUUGCAUGCCAAGAGAAACACACACAGCCGUGGUUUCUGCCUUCACGGCAUCACUCUGCUGAACACCUAAUUCCCACUGGGCUGUCUUAUGCUUAAGGACAUUUACCCACAUAGUAAGACUGUAUUGCUAUUAUCCUUCUCAUCUUUCCUGCUGCCUCCUAUUACUGGUAUCAGUAUUAUGAUUACACUACUUUGUUGUUGUUAUGUACAAAUCAGAAUAGAGCUGGAAGGGACCUUGGAGUUCUUCUAGUUCAACCUCUCUACUCAAGCAGAAGACCCUAUCCCAGGUGUCUGCAACCUGCGGCUCCGGAGCGACAUGCAGGGCCCUCUGCUGUGAUCCCACCACUGGCUGAGCCCAUCCCUUUCCCUCCCCUCUCAGUCACUCCUUGCCUGGCUUGAGAAGGUAAGGGUGACAGCGGGGGAUAGAGAAGCCAGAGCUGAUUCUCUGGCACCUCACUCUUGCUUCUGGUCCUUGCUCUCGGCCCCAAGAUACUGGCCCAAGCCAGCCAUGACUGACACCGAUUUCACUAACAUGAGGGCUGACAGAAUGAGAAAUGGAUCCAGAAGGAGGGAAUGACUGAAAGGGGGAUGGGCCCCACUGUUCCCUCUAAGGUGUGCAGCUGCGCGGCCGUGCACAUGGCAAGAAACC